AUUAAUUCUCACAGCACUAAGCAACUGAUAGCUUUCUUGGAAUCUUCUCGAGAAGCCAGGCAGAAAAUUAGUGAGAAAAUGGAAGAAAGCGUGGUUCUGCUGGAUUUCUGGCCGAGCUCUUAUGCGAUGAGAGUGAAGAUAGCGUUGGCUGAGAAGGGAAUCAAAUUCGAGGCCAAGGCGGAGAACUUGAGUGACAAGAGCGCUCUGCUCUUGGAGACGAACCCAGUUCACAAAACCAUCCCGGUUUUGAUUCACAGCGGCAAACCCAUCUGUGAAUCUCUCGUCAUCCUCGAGUACAUUGACGAGGCGUGGAGUGAAAAAUCCCCUCUUCUGCCCUCUGAUCCAUACCAGCGGUCACAGGCCAGGUUUUGGGCCGACUUCGUCGACAAGAAGGUUUACGAUGCCGGGAAGAAGGUGUGGAAGGCGAAGGGAGAAGAGCAAGAGGAAUUGAGAGAGGAGUUGGUAGAAUGCUUGAAGAGAAUGGAAGCAGAGCUCGGAGACAAGCCUUUCUUCGGGGGAGACGCCAUGGGGCUGGUGGAUGUGGUUCUGGUUCCCCUUUCGUGCUGGUUCUACACCUUUGAAACCUUCGCGCGUUUCAGCAUCGAGGCUGAGUGCCCCAAGAUCGUCGACUGGGUUAAGAGGUGCCUCCAGAGACACAGCGUCUCAAGCUCUCUGCCUCAUCCAAACAUGAUCUAUGACUAUGCCUUGCAGUUUAAGCGGAAAGGCUUCGCUUAUUAACUAGAAUUCAAUCGACACUUGUUUUCGCUUACUAGUUAUUACUGUUUUCUUGUCCUGCUCAUUGGACCUUUGUUUAGGUCGAAUAAGACAGUGUUCGGUGUUAUUAAUUUCUUUAGGUUUUUAUUUUAUUUAUAAUAAUAUAGCAGUACUAAGUUAGACUGGAUACAA